AUGAAGACGCCUCGACUCCAGCUCGUCCGUCUAACUGAGGACCACCUCCCCGGGUACCAUGCUAUCUGGUCCAACAAGCACGCUACACGAUGGAGUCCACACGGCUACUGCAAGUCCCUCGAAGACAGUAAGGAAUGGAUGUCUGGUCUUCUUCUGUCCAAUAACCCCGAUGGUGACAAUUUCGCCGUCAUCAUUCGUAGCGAUAUUGACCCAGACAAACUUCCUAAGAAAGAUGACGAAUUCGAGUCCGAGAUUCUCCGACCAGGUACGUUCAUCGGCUAUGUCGGCACCUGGUCGACCUCACCAACAGCUGAAGUCGGUUAUAUUUUCCAUCCCGAUGCAUGGGGUCAUGGCUUUGCCACCGAAGCGCUGCAAGGGUUUGUGACCAUUUUUUGGGAUCUCAAAUUGCAGUACAACACCCUGGAUGCUGUGUGCGAUUCACAAAAUACAGCCUCGAUUAGUGUUCUGACCAAAUGUGGCUUUUCACUGGAGGAGAGUACGAAAGAGGAUUACACUUUGCCGUGGAUGGAUCCGCCUCUUCGAGAAAGUGUGCGCUUCCGAGUGAAGCGAUCUGUCAAGAUCAACAUGUGGUGUCUGGCCAGGUAA